AUGUCUAACACCACCACCACCUCUACCAACACUACCACCACCUCUCCUACCAUCUCUAACACCACCACCACCUCUCCUAUCAUCUCUAACACCACCUCUACCAACACCACCACCACCUCUACCACCACCUCUCCUAUCAUCUCUAACACCACAUCUAACACCAACACCACCACCACCUCUCCUAUCAUCUCUAACACCACGUCUAACACCAACACCACCACCACCUCUACCAACACUACCACCACCUCUACCAACACCUCUCCUACCAUCUCUAACACCACCACCACCACCUAUCCUAUCAUCUCUAACACCAUAUCUAACACCAACUCCACCACCACCUCUCCCACCAUGUCUAACACCACCACCACCACCACCUCUAGCACCACGUCUAACACCACCACCUCCACCCCUACCACCACCACCACCUCUCCUACCACCUCUACCACCACCACCAUCUCCACCACUACCACCACAAUCCUUCCUCUGGUCUGUAUCAACGGUGGUGAGCUGCAGAGUGGAGUCUGUAUCUGUCCUGAUGAGUGGAACGGAGAGACCUGUUCAGAGGGGAAUUUCUGCAAUUCCACCAUCAUUGGUGAUUUUUCCUUCCCAAGAACAACUGUUGGCUGGUCUGCUUAUUCAAAAGAGUUGUGUGAUGAGAAGACAACCAGUGCCGGUUUACCAAAAGCCUCAGCAAGAUGUUUGAAUGACACUGGCUCUCCAAUGUUUGGUUCUCCUCACAAGCUGCAGUGUGAAUUAACCCUCAGUGACAUUCAAGGAAAUAUCUCCAGCAGUUCAGGUAAUUUACAACAGUUAGCCUUCAGUACUCAGAUCCUGACCUCCCAACCAGAGCGGCUGUCAGCUGACAACAUCACCACAGCAGCUCAGAUAGCUAACACACUGCUUCAGUCUGCAAAUAUCACAGAGGACAUCACAGUGGCAGCUGUAACCACCAUCAGUCAGCUGCUCAAUGCCAGUGAGGACAGUACACAGGAGAGAGACGCUGUCCAAAACCUCACAGAGACCCUGGAGAAGUUUUCCCUGGACCAGCACAAUAAUGUGUCCUUGGUGGUUCAGCCCAACCUGGUAGUCCAGUCUGUCCAAGUACCAAGUGACACAGUAGGGAUCCAGUUUACUGCUCUGACUGGAAGAUCUGGUAAUUUUGUGGCCAACAGAAUUCAUCUCAACACAAAUACUUCUGAACUGAUAGCUGAUGAAGGAGGUGCGACCGAUGUCCAGAUUGUCUUAAAAUUCACACCAGUUUUACGUAGUAAAAACACAAACAACUCCAUUGGUUUUGUGCUCUACCAAAACGACCGGUUCUUCAGGUCCAGGGCUUUCAGAGCUUCUUCAGGGACCAGCAGAAGGGUCAUCUCUGCUAACCUGGGACAAGUGUCUGGGUUACAUGUUGAGAUGCUCUUCAAGCCCACAGCUGUUCCCAACACCUCCCUCUAUGACUUUGCCUGCGUGUCAUGGAACUACACGUUGAAAGACUGGAGCACCUUUGGCUGCUCCAAAGUCAACCACUCAGCAGACGGCCUGCGAUGUUUCUGUAAUCACACCACUAACUUUGCUGUGCUGAUGUCAUUCAGGAGGGAUUAUAAAUACGCUGAUGAGCUAAACUGGAUCACCACAUUGGGAUGCUCCAUGUCCAUCAUAGGGUUGAGUUUAACAUUAACAUUCCAGAUGGUGACCAGGAAAUCACGCAAAACCAACCCAACGGUCCUCUUAAUGAGCGUCUGCAUGUGUCUCCUGAUCUUCACCCUCCUCUUCAUGAUGGGAGUGGACAACCCUCAUAAACAGCUGGGCAAACCUGAAAUACAGAAGGACAACAUUCUCCCCCUGUCCGACACACACACAGAGCGGGACAGAGGGCCCUGUACUGCAGUGGCAGUCCUGCUGCAGUACUUCCUGUUGGGGACGUUCACCUGGAACACGCUGUUCGCCACACAUGUCUUCCUGAUGAUCAGAAACAGCCUGGCCACCAGCCCAUCACACUUCACAGCCUAUACCGUGGCCAUCGGAUGGGGACUGCCUGCAGUUGUGGUGGCCCUCACCUUAGGAAUUAGUUACAGAGUGGAUGAUCCACUGGGAUACAGGCAGGAGGAAUUUUGCUGGCUUGCUGCCCUCGAUCCAAAGGGGAACUUUGACUUCAAGCUGCCAAUGUUUUGGGGGUUCCUGAUCCCUGUGGCGUUCAUGCUUAUCUUCAACACAGUGGUGUUGGUAUGUUUUACAGUUACAACAUGCAAGACCAACCCACAUUUAACCAGUACAAGACACACAUCGAUGAAGAAGAAGUUCCUCAGUAGCUUUUCUCUGGCUGUGGUGCUCGGUCUCUCCUGGAUCCUGGGCUAUCUGUUGCUCAUUACACAGAACCAGACCAUGUACACCAUACUCAACAUCUCCUUCUGUGUUCUCACCACCACUCAGGGCUUGCAGAUUUUCAUUCUGUUCACAGCAAGAACAGCAAUUGUCAAGAAAAUGAUGGCAGAUGCUUUGAAAUCUGUCUCUAGUGUUGAGAUCCCACGUCACACCAAGAGGUUCAGUCUAUGGCGUGGCAAGCGCAGAGAAAAGGUUGAAUCAUACACACAGCUGGACACUAUUCUGUCAACACAUUAACACCUUAACUGCCACAGAAAAAGUAUUUUCCUGAAAAAUGUGUAUUUAACCUUAAACUAGUUAGGGAUAGGCGGGACGCAAAUGUCUCAACUGGCCAAUUGCCAGGGAAAAUGCAGAGCGCCAGAUUCAAAUAAAAUACUAUAAAAUACAAACUUUAAUUAAAUCACACGUGUAAGAUACUCAAUUAAAGCUACACUCGUUGUGAAUCCAGCCAACGUGUCAGAUUUUAAAAAUUUUCGGCGAAA